CUUGUCGAGCGAGCAAAUCCGCGCGAUCCCGCACUGGCUGAGGGAUCGGUUGCACCUCAUUUCGAUAGCAUUCUCUGUGAUCGGGACGCGGUCGAAGGUGAAAAAGUUGUGAUGAUGGUCAGUAUACAAAGUGCUCCACUGCCAGAUGUUCGCUUUUACUGCGAUGGAAAACUAAUUUGUGACGAUGUAAAGCAUGAGAUCCGUCACGAAUUGGAAUCGAACACGCACUGGCUCAUCUUAAAGAACGCUGAGAAGACCGAGCAAGCGGAAUACGCUUGUCAGGCCGUGAAUGCUGCUGGAGAGGCUUGGUGUUACUCAUAUUUGACUGUUCGGGCUCUAGAUAAGGGUCUUACCGAUGUUAUGGCAGAGGCGCAGGCUAAGCUCGAAGCUGAGUUGGAAGAGAAGAGUCCUGUGGCAGCAACGCUGGCGUCAGAAAUGCAACUUUCACGAGGAGAAACUGAGAAUGGUUACGAUGGGAGAGGAACGAGCGCGCUCCUCCAGAAAACCGAACUAGAAGGUAUUGAGGCGAAAUCGACAUCAGCGACAAGGAAACAAAAGAAACAGAAGAAAGGUGACCCAGCUAUGGAAGGAAGACAUGCGAAGGAACCAGGGGGGUUCUUGGGGGCUUCCGAAAGAUUCGAUUUGGAACUGUACGAAGAAAUCCGCAGCCAAGGCGAAAUUGAUCGGGCUGACGCAAAAGAAGUGCUAGCUGAGACCUUGUGGGAGGCUCCAGACAGGACAUCUGUCAUGCAACCCCACACGAAACAAAAGGAAAAGAAGCAUUCGGCUACAAAUGAAUUUGAGAAAGCACAUCCUGGAGCAGAAACUGAGGAAGUGAAGAAAGCCGAGCUCAGCGACACUAAAUCGUGUGCGGGUUUCAGUGGUGAUAGUGCUCCCGUUGCUACUGCAAUGGAGAACAAGGUUGAUCAUAUGAGAGGAGGAAAGGGAGGUGUAGUGGGAAACGCAUCAAAUCAAAAAGACGAGAGAGAAAACAAUGUUGAGAAAUUGGGAAAGUGGGAGACAUCGAAGUAUGUCGUAAGUCCAACCCGACGUGAGUCAUCGCCUGAUGCAGCUGGCAGGAAGAAGAAAAGCAUUCCGAAGGCAUUGCUGAUUCCAGCUCAGAUAAGCUCCCGAUUCGGCGAUCCAAGCGUUCUUCAUUCGGAAGCAAUUAUGACGACAAGCAUAAGGGCUAGGGAGAAUUCUGCAGAAGCCUCUUCUCCAAUCAAACAGCCGCGGUCGGCAAUCAUUUCAAUGAAGGUGAGCAGCGCUGGACGGACGCGUUCCGCUAGUGGAACUUCUGAUGGAGAAUUCUCGUUCAAUGUCCAGUCAAGCAUUCAAGAAAAACCCGAAACAGAAGCUUACGCAACGUUGAAUCUCCAUAGGGACAAAACCAGUCUCCCUCCUGAGCAUGCCAAGAAGGUCGUGAAGAAGCAAGCCGGAGGUGAGCCAAAUGUGGCUCCCGCGCCAUCUCACGAAAUAAGUAUCGCACCUGAAGAACCAGAACGGGUUAAAGAAAAAGGAACCCUCGAUUUUCAACCUGGUAAAGUUUCUAUGGCGGCUCACGAGAAUGAUCGACCGGAGAUUGAGCUAACGUUUUGUGAUGGCCUCAAGGCGACCGCUGCAUCUCGAGUUGGAUAUCAAUCGCUCUCAGUAGAAUCACUGAAGAACGAUACCACAGAAGAGAGGAAACGACUGAGAGGCUCUUCCAAAGUCGAUCGGGAGAAAGGCGAAGAAUAUAUAAUGAAAGGAAAGCAAGAAAAAAUGAAAAUUGCGAAUGAUCAGGGAGGAACUGUGGCAGGGGAUUUUCCUGAAGAAAGCGUAAAUAAAGCAGAACUUGAAGUCGUCGACAUUAGUCUGAGAAAGCCUGAAAUAGCAAUAGAAACCAAGAACGAAUCACUUUCAAGAUCUCAAAAAGAUGCGAACGGAUUGGCGAGGACGGCGAACGAGAACCAAAUGGUUGUAUCAGAAGCGAAACUUGAAACCGAACUGUCAAAGACAUCUGAAAAAAGUUUCGUAGAGGGAACCGCAAACGACAUUACCUCUGCUGAGAAUACGAAAACCCUCCAGUUGAGGAAGAAAGUAAAGCGUAAGGCUGAAGUGGGCAGGCAAGGCCAGAAAGAAACGGCAAGUGACCUGGAGAAUGAUGGAAAUUUUGUGACUGGAGCAGAGAUAAAGGAAGAAUCCUGCCAGCCUACACAGUCAAUAGGAGGAGAUAGAGAUGGACUUUGCAGUGCGAUCGAAACUACAGAGCGGAAGGAAACGUGUGUCAAACGUGUAAAGGGUGAGAAGAAGGCCAUGGAGCAUGGAAUAUCGGAAGGUGAAGAAAUUUCAAAAAAUGAAGCGGCAGGGCGUGAAGAUGUUGGCGAAUGCAGGGAAAAAUCGGAAAUUUUGGAGGAGAUUAGGGGUGAGGCACGAUUAGUGGCCCCAGAUCGUAAAAAAGUGACCAUGAGAAAGUUGAGGGAUAAAGAUAAAAAGAAGAUGGCUACAAAAGCUAGUCUGGCAGAACCAAUUGGAAAGGAAGGAAAAGCAGUCGAGUUCUACUGUGAUCCGGAAAGGAUGGGAACUAUUGGAAGGGCAGAUCAAGCGGAAGCUAACGAAGUAGGAUCAAUUAGAGAAGAGACUGAGCGUCAUCCAGACGAAGGCUUUGAACGUGAAGAGCCCACCGAGCACCGCAGAGAUGAGAAAACUGCUGAAUUCGUUGGGAGGAGCGAGAAGCGAGAAGACAGGACUGGGAAAAAAAGAAACUUGGACAAGCUACAGGAAUGUGCCGCUGCUGAGAAUGGAAAGAUGAUCUUGGAAGAACCUUGCGUACUCUCUCAUAAGCACAACGACCAACUGGAGUCAAAUGAUGGUUCGGCCGAUGUGAACUCCUCCCUGAAGAAAGGAACAAUCGUUCGCAAGGUUUCUGAAGGAAAGAAAGGGGCGGCACAUUUCGAAAAUGAUCAAGAAUCAGAUUUCAGCAAGACUGCUGUCAAUUCGGAAGACAAAAAAACGUCCGAGAUUAAAUCGAGUGAGGUACUGUCAUCGUUCAUUGGCGAGCAUGAAGACUCACAGAGGAAAGAAAGCGGCGAUAACCUCGGCAACCAAAAGGAAGGAAAACGUCAAAAGAUUGUGAAGCGACUAGAAAAGAAAACCCGCAAAGAGGCAAGCAAUGAAGAGCGGGCUCCCGAUGACAUGGAUUUGGAAGUAGCCAUCAAUUCGUAUCCCAUGAACCAAGAAGUAAAGAUAUCAAGGCCUCUUGAAGAAGCAGACCAGACCACCGAUGUUCUUUCAACGAAACGGUCGACUAAAGAAGGUGUUAUUGAUGAAGAAGAUGCAGCACAUACGAGCACAACCAGAAAACGAGUGGAACCGAACGCAGAUGAGGCAAAUCUUAUCCCAGCUUUUGAUACGGUCGCAGUCUUGGAUGCCAACAUGAAGGGAAUAAUUGCUAAGAUCACAAAACCUUUGGAGUGCAGAACCGUCGGCAAAGAAGGAGAACCCAUAACCUUCAAAAUCGAACUAGAACGCCCUGCACAUGACAUCAAAUGGACCAAGAAUGGGGAAGCUAUUGCAGUCUCUGAAAAAUAUGAUAUAGUGUCGGAUGGCACGUCCUGUUCGCUCACGAUCAAGAACGCUGAUUGCGAUGAUGCAGGGCAGUACGUUGUCGCAGCUGACAAGUCCGAAUCUUUUACGGACCUCCACAUUCUCGGAAAACCGAGAAUCAAGCCCAGCAAGAACAACUUGCUCGAGGUUGAGAAGGAUGAGAGCAUUAUGUUAACUGUAGGCUUUGACUGCCAAGACGAUGUGGCCGUCUCUUGGUUUUUCAAUGGCGUUCCCGUGAGCGAGGACAUGAACGCUCAAGUUGGCGUGCAGGGAAAUUUGCUGAAGUUCUGCAAGCGCCAAGCGACAAAAGCCGACUCGGGAGAGUACACAGUGAAACUGUCGAACGAAUUCGGCGAAAGCACAGAGGUGUUCAUCGUCAAUGUCAAAGAUGCGCCUGGACCACCUGUGGGAAUCUCUGUCAAUGAAAUAAACCGCGACUCUAUUUCGAUCGCUUGGCAAAAGCCCUUGGAUGAUGGAGGCGUGCCGAUCACAGGAUACGUGAUCAAAAAGAAGGAAGCUGGGCGACGGACCUUCCAAAAAAUUGCAGAGAUAUCUGAUGAGAAAGUAUCUCACAUUGUGGAGGAUCUGGAAGUGGCGACUGACUACGUACUGAGUGUGGCCGCUGUCAACAAGUACGGAGUCGGUGAAGCGAUGGAAAUUCCGGUCGUGACCGCAGGCGAACCGUUUAGAGCUCCGCAAAUAACGGAACACCCCUUCAUUUCUGACAUCAGCAACGAUGGUUGCGUACUGAAAUGGAGUAGGCCCGAAGACGAUGGAGGAACGCCUAUCCAUGGCUACCAUGUCUACCUUAGAGAGAGCUCCGGAGAGUGGCAAAAGGUCAACAGCGAACUCGUGUUUGCCACUCGAUUCUCCGUGGGAGAUCUUCUCCAAGGUGUCGCUUACGAGUUCAAGGUGGAGGCUGUCAAUGAGGCAGGGCUCGUCUCGAACUCCAAUGUGGCUUCACAGCCACUUUUCAUCACACCAGUUUGCGAGAUUCCCACAACAGUCCUGUCCGUACCACGCAUCACCAUCACCAGUGCUGACUCUGUCACGGUAGAAUGGGAUGUUCCCAAAAACGUGACGCCUGCUGAAUUCACCGUCGCCUACAAAUCGGAGAGUUCUUCAGUUUGGAAUGAGGUGAACUGCAGCGCCAGCUUCUGUCGGAUCGCUGGUCUCAAAGAGGAUGUAUCGUAUGUGUUCAAGGUUGCCAUGCGGAACGAGAGCGGCGUUGGAACCUUCUCACAGCAAUCCGAACCGAUAAAAAUUAGAGCCAGCAAGGCUCCAACUGUGAUCAAGGCGAUACGCGAUGUUCUGGUGGCCAACAAAGAAACCCUUCGGCUAGAAUGCCAUUCCAGCGGAUACCCCACCCCUGAGUUCAUCUGGUACAAGGACGGCGUCGAAAUUACUCCUCAGAACGACAACGUCGAGAUUAUAAGCGAGGGGCACGUGGGUCUUCUCAUCAUUCACAGUGUGGGCAAUAGUGACAGUGGAUCCUACAGCUGUGAAGUGGUUAACCCUCACGGAUGGACGAAGUGCACGGCCUCCGUCAGCGUGACUGAUGUGCGAUGCCACUUCGAGUCGGCUUUCCCUGAGAAUGUCGAGAUUAUGGAGGCGCAGGAUUUGACGCUGUCCUGCACUUUGUCCGAUAAAGAUGGUGCAGUCACAUGGUUCAAGGAUGGUAAAGUCCUUGACGGGAACGACCGCGUUCUAAUCUCAAGUGAUGGCGCAAAGCGUACCCUGAAGAUAUUGUCGGCAAAGGAUACCGAUAAGGGCACAUAUCGCUGCGAAAGUUCCGAUGGAAGAAGCAGAACCGAGGGAGAAGUGGUGGUGAAAGGACAAGCGCCCCAAAUUACAAGUGGUCCCCAGGAUUUGAUCGUCGACAAGAUCGGAAUGGAUGCAAAAUUUUGCUGCAAGCUCUCCAGACCAGCUCAUCAAGUUUUAUGGUACAAGAAUGGAAAGGAGAUUUGGGCACAGGCUAACAAGUACAUUAUCACCACCUCAGGAAAUGCUUCCACCCUUGAAAUUCAGAAUAUCGACAAGAGCGAUAUUGGAGACUAUUCUGCAGCUUUGAACGAAAAAGAACACUCGGCAUCUGCCCACCUCAAGCUCGAGGUGCCCCCCCAAAUAAGUAUUUGGGAGAACUUAGACGGUGAUGUUGUGUUCAAGGUCCACGACGAACUUGCCUUCCACGUUGAAGUUGACGGCCAUCCGCACCCGACUGUCAGCAUCUUUCACAAGGAUUUACGAAUUCAGAACAGGGCAUCAGUCGACGAGUACGACAACGUCGUCAGUGUUCGCAUGAAGAACCUUAGCCGGGACGACUGUGGCACUGUGACAAUCACGGCAGAGAACGAAGUCGGAGCUGUGCACAGAGAAUUCAUCUUGGUCGUUCUCGAUGUACCUUCAGAACCGCUCGAUUUGAGCUCAGCAGAGACCACUGUGAAUUCCACGAUGCUCUCGUGGAACAAUCCUGAGAAAGCCAAUGGAGCUCCAAUCACCGGCUUUAUAAUAGAGCGCAAGGCCGUCGAUAGCAAUAGAUGGCGCCUUAUAGGCCGAACCAGCGCCGACACAACGCAGUUCGAAGCGACGAACCUGGUCAGUAGUCAAGUCUAUGAGUUCCGCGUUAUCGCUGUGAAUUCAGCGGGAGAGGGAUCACCAAGUUGCUCAAUCGAUGUUCUCACCAAAGACGACGAAGAAUCCAAACUAGGUUCUUCGGAGAACUCGCUUCUAUUCUUACUCGAAACCCCAGAAAUCCCCGAGGCAAGCUUGGAUGGAACAAAGGUUACAUUGUCUUGGAACGCUGUCCCCAACGCCAAUGUUUACCAGCUGGCACGACAGCGUGAUGAAGGCGAUUGGCUUGAAAUUGGUGAAAUGGAAGAAACGAAUUUUGUAGACUCUUCAUUGAGAGAGAACGGAUCGUACCGCUACAGAGUGGUUGCCAAGAGUUCCAGUGCUGAGUCUAAGCCUAGUGAUAGCAGCACCACUCUGCUGAUACGAGCACUUGCUGAACAGAUAAACGAUGAAGGAACAGUUGCAAAAGUUGGAAAAGCUAAAGGCAGAGCGGACCGCAGUGAAGCAGAAUUAUUAGAGAAACGUGAUGAAUCACCCAAGCCCAGUGUAAAGAAACCAUUGAACCCCGUGGAUGAUAUCGUGAACACCAAACAAAGACUGAAAAAGCGGAAACCUGUGGAAAACGAGCGACUGUCAGUACAGCAAGACGUUGAUGAUGCCCAUUCCCCUCCCACUGCAUUACAGCCUUCCCAGGCUAAGGAGACCUUCAAAAUUGAAUAUGCCGAGAUGGCUAAUCAGCAAGGAAACAUAGUAGGGCGUUUAGAAGGUUCUCAUAUCGACAACUCGGAUGAAAACCUGUCCAUCAGUCAAGAAGUGGUUUCAAAAACAGAUGUUGGAGCAGUUGCUUCCUCUGGUGCAACCGCCGCCGUACCAGCAGACAUCCAACGA